GUGCUCAGGCCCAGGAGCAACAUGGCGGCGUCCGUGAGGGACUAGUUUUGGGAAAAGGUAGUGCUUGGUGCCGCUCAUUUUGGGACAUUGACAAACUGGAGCUUUCUGCGACCACCCGAUUGAAGGAAGCGUGCCACUGAUAGGUGGACUGGUUUAGUGAUCGGCUCUCCGUUCUCACUCCCAAUUUGGAGCGGAGCACUGAGCAGCAUGAGCAACAUCUACAUCCAGGAGCCUCCCACGAAUGGGAAGGUUUUAUUGAAAACUACAGCUGGAGAUAUUGACAUAGAGUUGUGGUCAAAAGAAGCUCCCAAAGCUUGCAGAAAUUUCAUUCAGCUUUGUUUGGAAGCAUAUUAUGACAACACCAUUUUUCAUAGAGUUGUACCUGGUUUCAUAGUCCAAGGGGGAGAUCCUACUGGCACAGGAACUGGUGGAGAGUCUAUCUAUGGAGCCCCAUUCAAGGAUGAAUUCCACUCACGGUUACGUUUUAAUCGGAGAGGGCUGGUUGCCAUGGCAAAUGCUGGUCCUCACGAUAAUGGCAGCCAAUUCUUCUUUACACUGGGUCGAGCAGAUGAACUUAACAAUAAGCACACCAUUUUUGGAAAGGUUACAGGGGAUACAGUAUAUAACAUGCUACGGCUAACAGAAGUAGACGUUGAUGAGGAAGAAAGACCACGCAAUCCACAUAAAAUAAGAAGUUGUGAGGUUUUGUUUAAUCCUUUUGAUGACAUCAUUCCCAGAGAAAUAAAAAAGCCAAAAAAAGAGAAACCAGAGGAGGAAGUAAAGAAAUUGAAGCCCAAAGGCACAAAAAAUUUUAGUUUACUUUCAUUUGGAGAGGAAGCUGAAGAAGAAGAGGAGGAAGUAAAUCGAGUUAGUCAGAGCAUGAAGGGAAAAAGCAAAAGUAGUCAUGACUUGCUUAAGGAUGAUCCCCAUCUCAGUUCUGUGCCAGCUGUUGGAAGCGAAAAAGGUGAUGCAGCAGGAGAUUCAGCUAAUGAUGGAGAAUAUGAAGGUGCAGAGCAUGAUGAAUAUAUUGAUGGUGAUGGGAAGAUGAGAGAAAGGAUUGCAAAAAAAUUAAAAAAGGACACCGGUGCAAAUGUGAAGUCCACUGGAGAGGGAGAAGUGAAGAAGUUGGUUACCCGCAGUGACGAGCUCCGAAAAGAAGCAAGACAGUUAAAGCGGGAACUGUUAGCAGCAAAACAAAAAAAAGUAGAAAAUGCAACAAAACAAGCAGAAAAAAAAAGUGAAGAAGAAGAAACUGCUCCUGACGGUGCUGUUGCAGAAUACAGAAGAGAAAAGCAAAAGUAUGAAGCUCUGAGGAAGCAACAGGCAAAGAAGGGAACUUCCCGGGAAGACCAGACCCUGGCGCUGCUGAACCAGUUUAAAUCUAAACUCACUCAAGCAAUUGCUGAAACUCCUGAAAAUGACAUUUCUGAAGCAGAAGUAGAAGAUGAUGAAGGAUGGAUGUCCCAUGUACUUCAGUUUGAGGAUAAAAGCAGAAAAGUGAAAGAUGCAAGCAUGCAAGAUUCAGACACAUUCGAAAUCUAUGAUCCUCGGAAUCCAGUGAAUAAGAGACGACGAGAAGAAAGCAAAAAGCUGAUGAGAGAGAAAAAAGAAAGAAGAUAAAAUUACAGUCAUGAUAAUUAGGUAGAAAUGUGCCUGCAAUAAAUGGCCUUAUAACAGCCGUUGUUCCCAACAACAUCACUUAAGGGUGUGAAAAGAAGUAUUUUUGAACCUGUUGUCUGGUUUUGAAAAAAAAUUAUCUUGUUAUGUAAAUUGUGGGAUGAUGUAAGCAAAUGCUUUUGGUUCAUGCUUUUUUUUCCCUAAUUGACUUUUUCUAUUGCUAAAUCUGAAAUAAAACAACUUUCCUGCUAGUUUACAUGUUAACCAUUUGUAGACUGUGCCAGCCUGUUUAUGUCUUUUUAUCCUAAAAUAUGUGAAGGCUUUGUUUUCAAGACUUUUUAUAAGAAGUUUCUUUCAAGAAAGAGUAUUUAAGGGAAACCUCCCUGGCAUUCUGUUACCACAGUACUGAAUUUGGAAUAGAAUAAAAAUUAUAUACAUAAAGAUUGA